AUGUGUGCACCCGAAUCAGAAAAAAUGCUGCAUUUGGCCCCGACGACUGAUGCGAAACGUUGCAGCGUUGGGGAUCCGAGCAGGGGCAACCACCUGAAAGACACUCCUUUGAUCCCGCUGGAGACGACUUUCAAGCCGGCAGCAGAAAGUUCAGGAACCCUCGAUCGUGAUUCAACUCUCCAGACAAAACCUGUUAAAGAUAUACAGGCGAUUGCAUCGGGUGAUGGUGAGAAUCCAUUGGAGAAGUCAAGCAAGGACACACACAAAAAUGGCUGGACCGAGGAGAAGGAGAAAACUGGAAGCAACAGUGUUGAAAGAUUCAACAAGGGAGCAUGGACAGCUGAGGAACGCGAAAGACUCCGGAUUGCCCUGCUGCGUGAACCAGACAUCGCUUCUGUUGCCAAGCAUGUUGGUACACGCCGGAUACGGGGGAUCCGCCUUUUUGCUCGGAAGACGUUUCCAAAGCUGUUCGAAGAGCUGAGUGAGCGGACUAGCGAUGGAUCGAGCAGUGGUCAGUGCAUUUCUAAGAGUCCCCAGGCUGUCGAAGCGGAACCUGUGGCGGAAAAGGAAGCUGCUGAAAGAAAGGCGGCUGCAGCGGCAAAAGCUCAAGCCGAAAAGGAAGCUGCCGAGAGAAAGGCUGCCAAAGAGGCGGAGGCAAUAGCUAACGCCAAAAAGGAAGCUGCCGACAGAAGGGCUGCCGGCGAGGCUGUAGCAAAGGCACGAGCUGAAAAGGAAGCUGCUGAAAGAAAGGCGGCUGCAGUGGCAAAAGCUCAUGCCGAAAAGGAAGCUGCUGAAAGGAAGGCUGCCAAAGAGGCGGAGGCAAUAGCUAGAGCCAAAAAGGAAGCUGCGACAGAAGGGCUGCGGAGGCUGAGCAAGGCACGAGCUGAAAAGGAAGCUGCUGAAAGAAAGGCGGCUGCAGUGGCAAAAGCUCAUGCCGAAAAGGAAGCUGCUGAAAGAAAGGCUGCCAAAGAGGCGGAGGCAAUAGCUAAAGCCAAAAAGGAAGCUGCAGACAGGAAGGCUGCUGAUGAGGCUGAAGCUAAGGCACGAGCUGAAAAGGAAGCUGCUGAAAGAAAGGCGGCUGCAGUGGCGCAAGCUCAAGCCGAAAAGGAAGCUGCCACGAAAGUUCAAGCCGAAAAGGAAGCUGCCGAGAGAAAGGCUGCCGAAGAGGCGGAGGCAAUAGCGAAAGCCAAAAAGGAAGCUGCCAACAGAAAGGCUGCAGCAAAGGCACGAGCUGAUAAGGAAGCUGCCAUGAAAAAUGCUGCGGAAGAGGCUGCAGCUAAGGCAAGGGCUGAAAUGGAAGCUUUCGAGCAGAGAGCAGAGACAAUAGCGAAAGCUAAAAAGGAGCUUGCAAAUAGGAAGGCUGUCGAUGAUGCUGCGGCUAAGGCAUCCCCGCAACAAGCAAAAGCUCAUGCCCGCCAAUGCAGUGCAGAAUCGGAGGCAGUCGUUACUGGUACCAACCCUCAGACAAAAGAGUUUGGCACCAAAAUGGGUUACCUUCAAGAAGACUUCGAGCCGUCGGAGAAAUCAGUGAUCAUUGGACAGGGAGGCAGCACAGAGACGAGUGGCAUCAGGCAUUUGAAAUCUGUUAUUCAGAGUCAUCUGGACGAGUACAGGCUACAAAAGACUUCUACUAUCAAAAAGGUUAUGAACAUCAUUCGAGAAUCGUGCCCAGUGGGAGCAUUUGUUAAGUUCGAAAACAGUAGGUGGCAGGAUGCAGGCGAAAAGGCUGCCCGUACGAAGGUUGGCGCUUUUUUCAGAGAUGCCUUGCAUGACUCCUACAAAUCCAAUUCCAAGAUCAAAGCAGGGAGGAGCAGGACAAGGGAGCAACAAGUCAAUGCUGGUCGUGCAUGCGAAUCAAAGGUUUCAAUAUCCGUAGCUGAUGACAGCACAGGGAGCACUGGAACUGUUCUAGCUGGCAAAAACAAGAGGACAGAGAGUGCCACCAGUGCAAAACAAAUGGGGGCACAGUCUGAUGCCAAGGACGAGAAACAAAAGGCGGCAGAUUCAACCAAGUUGAACAAAGGUGGCAAUCCAAAGCCAAUCACUGAUGACAGCAUUGGAAGCACCGGAACCGCUUCAAGUGGCAAAGACAACAGUGAAGAGAGUUCUACCAGUAGAAGGGGAGAGCAAAUGUCUGAAGAGUCUGAUGCCGAUGACGAGCAACCGAAGGCAGCGUUGGCAAAAUCGAAGAAAGGAAGGAAGAGUGUCAAGGUGCCGGAGCAGGAUCCUGAGAUGGAUGUGGUCAAAGGGAAAACAGCCAAUCUCAAACCGAAAAAGCAAUCUGCAACCAAAAGUCCCUCCAAAGUUAAACUUGGCCUGAAGGUCGUAGCAGUCGCCGAACCCGACAACUGGAUCCAACCAGUCAGACAUGGUCCUGGGCUGUCUUCUCCUGGAAGCACAGCCUCCCACGAUCCAACAGCAGCAGGACGACAACGACGAGCCUUGAAAAGGGGGCAGAAGCAACCACUAUCUCCACAGGGAGAUACUACCAAUCACAGUACUGAAGAGCAACAACCCAAGAUUUCGGCUCCACUGGACGGCAAUACUCCAGGGGCAAAGAACAGCACCUGCAAGCCACAAUCAGAAAAAGCGGGAGCAGAAAGAGCAGCGGAGGAGGAAACAAAGGAGGCCACCAAAAGUAUCAAGCAGCCAUGUUGUGCAAAGGCACCGGAACAUGAAGAAGACCAGGAAGAAGGAUCUUUGGUGAACACUUCAAAGAGCAGUCGAAAGCGAAAAGCAACCAAAGGUGCGACAGCGCAGCAGGAGCCCAAGCGGACAAAGGGAGAAGUUCAAGAAGUACGUGUCAUGACUAGCAAUGUUACCCUCACUAAAGCGCAGGAAAGGAUGCUGGAGAAGCUCGGCGGAAUGUUCGUAGAAGACGUGAGCGAAGCACAGUGGGCGACACACGUCAUAGUGGUCAACCCGAAAGACAAAAAGUCCACUGUCAAGCGAACAACGAAGCUUAUGGUGGGGAUGUGCAACAGUGCAAUAGUUGGUUUGGACUGGUUGACCGAGUCUUUCAAGGCAAAGGAGUUCUUGCCUGCAAAGGGCUAUUACAUCACUGACAAAGCCGCGGAAGCCCUGUAUGGCUUCUCAAUGCAAACAAGUCUCGAAAGAGCCGAAAAGCUGCGUUCGAACGAGAAGAAUGUUCUCUCAGGUUGGUCGGUUUUUCUAUGCCAUGGAGUUGCUGGCAACAUGAGCCCACCAGAGGAAGAAUGGGGUUAUCUAGUUGAGGGGGCAGGCGGCACCUUCAUCUCUUCCAUGUCCCAAAAGACUGUUUCGGGCAUCGAUCUUCGAAAUCUCGUAAUCAUCACAAGUGAUCCAGAACAAAAGACGCAAACUAAAUCGAACCUCAUUCGGUUUGCUCUCGAGAAUGGUGCAAAACAAGUUACCACAUCAAAGUUUUUUUCAUUCAUUAUGAACCAGAAGAUGGACUUUGAUACUACUGCUUCAAAAUCUGAUGCAACCAAUCGAAAGAUGCGCCCACAAGAUGCCACACAAGCAGAAUCUGUUGUGCUGACAACUGAUGGCGGUGGAGCACGCCAAGCCAACGUGGAUGACAAAACCGGGAGCACCAGAACUGCUACAGGUGGCAAAAACAAGAGGACGGAGAGUGUUACCAGUGCGAAGAAACUGGUGGCAGACUCUGAUACCGGGCAUGAGAAGCAGAAGGCAGAGUCAAGCAAACCGAGGAAAGGUAGAAAACGAAACUCAAUCUCGGAUGACAACACAGGAAGCACUGGAACUGUUGCAGGUGGCCAAGACAAGAGUACAGAGAGAGUUACAGACAGUGCUAAGGAUAACACUACUGCGAGAGCGCAAACAACCGUCAAGUUGUCGACGACAGGCAAGAGCAACGCCAGGAAACGAAUGCACGAAACAACAGCAAAACCACAGCAGCCUAACAAGAGGAAGUCACGAAGAUUCAAAAAGCACGAUGUCGUCAAUCUAUUGACGAAUGCUCACGUAGCCAAGCUCUGCGAACCUCAAAGUCAAAAGUUCCAGACAGAGGUUGCACCUGACCUCCUGGCACAGAUCAUGGAAGAGCUCCAGAAACCGCGGAGCGACAACGACAAGGAGGAGAAGGGCCUCAAGAAGAAUAUAAGCAGCAGUGCCAAUGACAGCAGCAGUGAGGACGAAGAUUGUGUCUUCCAGGAUGACCCAAUCGAGGAGCCGGAGUACUUUUUAUCCACCAAGGGCGGCGGAUACUUCAAGGGGAGACUCAUGGAUGAUACUUCCUACGACUGCUUUCACGGAAACUGCCCGGAUGGUUUUGACGUCAACAAAGAGAGCGAAAACAGGGGCGGGGUCGUUUUCAACAGCAGCAAUUCCGAGGACGUCAUCACGACCACCCAAAGGUGUGAACGGUCAGUUUGUUUCUUUGUCAUGAAGGGCAGUCGUGAGGUUGUUGUCUACUUGGCACCUCCCUCGGCAAGCGUGGAAAAGCAGUUGGAGAAGUGUCGUGACAAGGAUCGCAGCACGAGCCAUACACAAGCGAACCAAAACUUCAAGUUUAACCCCUUUGAAAUGAGUGAGGAGCAGUUGGUGGGGUGGUAUCGAGUGGCUGUCCCAGUAGGGCAUGUCAUCAUCAUCCCGGUUGGAUGGUUCUUUUGCAUGAAAACUACACCUCGAGCUGUUGGGAUAGAAGUCAAGGUUCAGGUGUUGGAUAAAAUCCGAGGAUGUGGCAUGUGGGAUCCAGUGGGGUAUUGCUUGAGGGAUGAGCCGUAG